AUGGAUGAAGAUUUAACCAACCGGGUCGUUCCAGGGGCGUCCAAAGGGCAGGUGGCUUUCCAAGCUCGAGGUUUGGAACUAAACUCGAACAAGGCAUCGGCGCGCGCGAAGCCCCGCGGCCGUCGCAAGGCCGGGGGUGGCGGCGGCGGCGGGCUGAGGACUGUUAAGGAGGAAAAGGAGGAGGCGUGGGAAGCGGCCUCUCGGAAGAGACGGGGGCAGAAGGAGACGAGGGUUGCGCCGCAUUCGUACGUGGUGAGAAAAACAGCUGCGGCGCCGUUCUGGCUGUCGCCCGGGGUGCAAUUCGGCCGUUCUAAUUGCAGAGGCUGGUUUCCCACCCGCCAGGACUGGUCCGCUCGCGGCAUCCCGCAGUGCAUCUAUGUUCCUCUUGAGCCUUCGACCGAAGAUCGAGUCGAAGCGAUGCGGUUGGGGCACGAGCGCGUGGUCGGGUUGACCUUAGAGGAGGACGAAGAACGCCUCAUGAGGAUUGCCAUCAGGGAGUCUGCCGCGGAGUCUAGACGAGCUUACGAAAAGAAGUACGGUACGGAGGCCGAACGCGAGAAGAGGCGGGAGGCUCAGGCCAAGGCGAAGGUCAAGGCGAUGGCGGAGCGCGAGAGCCUGCAGCGCGACGAGGAGAAGCAGCUCAUGGAGGUCAUCAAGGCUUCCCUUGUAGAGGGGCCACCCGCGCCGCCGCCGCCGCCAACUCUGGACCACCGGACGGAAGCGACGCCGGGCGCCUUGACUGGGCGGCAGCCCGCCUCCUCGCAACAGGCGAUUCUCCACCAUGGCACCCCUCCGCUUACCGCCCAACAGCAGCCAUGGCCAGAGGGUGGCGGCGCAAAGCUAAGCGGGCACACGAUGAUGAAUGGAGCACCGCCUCCACCCGACGACAAUGAGCGGGACGGCUUGGCUGCUGCGGGGGGGGCGGCGCAGUUGGCCGGGUGGGCAGUGCGCGGUUCUGCCACCUGCGGAGCCCCGGGGGGGGGCGGCGUGUUGCCGCCGGCGCCGCCUGUCCAGAAAGCGGCGUGGGGUGCGGCGGGGCAGGCGAGCGACGGACUGUCGGCGGAAGAGCGGGAACUGAAGGCCGUGCUUGAGGCGUCAAGGAUAGCGGAAGAGACCAGGCAGCGGGAGGACGCGGAAUCCAAGAUAGCCAUGGAUAUGGCCUUGAAAAUGUCCAUGAUGGAGACACCAGCAGCCCCUUCCAGCGGAGAGCGUUACGGGCACGGUCGCGGCAAUUACUACCAACAACCGGCGGCUACGACGGGCUACCCUGCCCAGCCGCCCCCCUUGUCAACGUCAGCAACGGCUAACGGGUUUCGACCUAAAGGAGGCGGGUGGCAAGGACAGCAACAGCCCCCCCGCCCAGCCCCGAAUGCGGGCUACUCUCCCAUGGCCACAGCAGCAGCAGCAGCCCCGCCGCCGGUGGCGUCGACCGCGGUGUCGCCAAGGGCCCCGGGAGCGUACUCGGCGGCAGGCCGGCCGCUCUCGCCGCGGCAGCAGGGGGCCCCGUCGCAAGUGGUACCCACCCGGCCGCCGCCGGCGGAUGGAAGUGUGGGGGGCGGUGGCGGGGAGAGCGCGGAGGGGGACGAAGAAGAGGAUGGGGCUGCGCGGGAGCUGCGAAUCGCCCUGGAGGAGGAGGAGCAGUACUACGGGGCCAAGGACGCGGCCGGGGCGGGAGGGCAGUCGCCGCCUUCGAAGGCUGGCGCGAGCACCGGAGGAGGCAGGCAGCAGGAGGACGAGCUGGCUUGGGUGCUGGAGCAGUCGCGGCUGGAGGCGGAGAUUCAGAAGUCUCGGAUGGCGAUCGCCGAGGAGGGGGAGGAGGAGAUGAUGGCCAAGGUGCUGGAGGAGUCGCGGCUGGAGCAGGAGAAGAGGAACGCCGAGCAGCUGGAGUUCCAGAGGGCUAUGCAGGCGUCCCUCGGUUCGUGAUUGUGGCGUGAUGUCUGACGGUUGGUGGGUGUGGCUAGCCGCAGCUGAGAUGCUCGCCCGGCGUGGAUCUGGGCCAUGGAGACUAGUGGCGAGGCCGGCGAGGUAGCUCGAACAGGAAGCUUUAGAUGCACGCAACAGGCUCACGGCGACGGGGGGGUGGCCGGGAUCAACGAGCUUGUCCGGCGAGGUCACAACAACAAACACAAUCUGACUGUAAGGCAGUUUUUCUACCCCAUGUAGUUGAGCUUUCUUCGUUUUUGGGAGAAUGGUUUUGUUCCUUCGGCUGGAGUGCUGUCAAAUGGCAGCUCGAGACUGUGGGGCGAGGGCCAGAGGGAGUUUGCUGGGAAGGGAGGGGGGCGAUGUGUGUGUGCGUGUUUGCAAAUGAGUUUGGAUCACCACCGUAUGUCGAUGAUGCGUACCUACCUGCCUGUUGUGGUUGUCCCGCAAGGGAAAUAUCGGUGUAGUCAGAAGUUUUCUGCGGCGGUGCGGAUGUUAGGUUCGACCGGCGGGGAUAGUGAGUGUCAUUUUUGUUCGUUUGUUUGGGAGGAGGUCGCGUGCUGCCUUGGGAGAGAUACGGUUUCUCGCGUAUACCCCGCGUCUUGUCUGUCUCUCUUGGUAUUUAGCACCCUCGUCAUCCCCGGCGUUAGUUAGCGUGAUGGCUGUUUUUUCCUUGCACCCCCAACGAAGGGAACGCGACCCGUUUCCCACGGCACGCGUGUGCCGCAAGCGUAUUACAACCGACCAGGGACUGUUCAUGUCGGCCCGUUGUGUAGUUCGAUUCUUCUUGCUCGUCGUCUUCCCUACGGUGUGAUUGUUAGUUCAUGAGCAAGCAUGGUACCUCGUAGUAGUUCCUGGAAUUUGCCGGGCCCCCGCUGACCACUUCCGACGAUGUUAUGAGUCUGAACACCGGCACGGGUAGGGUGGUGUCGGGGACGCAGGCGUUCUCGCUGUUUAGCACCAGUGGAUGGGGGACGUCCAGAUUAUCAACGCUAGGCUACGCCGUUAGUGGUCCUUUCGAGUUUGGCGUUCCCGUGUGACGGUGCCCCUCUUGCUUGAAGCGGAAGGGAUUGUGUGUAGAGUAUAUAGCCGUUUCCAGCAACGAUAUAGUCGUCUGCUGGGCUGUUUGGUGGCCAGUGUCGUUCUGCUCUCUACCGUCAACAGACGGGGUGCUUACUCAUUGCUGGUCGACUUUGCAGUUGCCAAGUCGUGCAGUAGAUGCGUGUGCCUUUGGAUUUUGAUAGAUCGUGUUUUGACAACUUAUGUACACGAUGCAUAUAUAUGUCAAUAGCAGCUGUGCGUGUUUUGAGGCUAUGUCAAAUCGU